AUGUCAUCGUCGAAAGCGGAUGAGGUCGUCUGGCAGGACAGGGAGGUAAGGUUCGACUCCACGCCGGCCGAGAUGCAGUGCCGGAAGGGAGAGGUGGUUAUCGACUCCAUCAACUCCGUGGAGGAUACCAAAGGCAACAACGGGGAAAGAGGUUCGCUCGUGGUGACGAACUUGCGAGUGCUGUGGAUCUCGCACAAGAUUUCCCGCGUCAACCUCAGUAUUGGGUUCAGCACCGUCUUGAACAUCUCCAUCCGAAAAGCAAGGUCUCGCCUGAGGGGUAUCACCCAGGCCCUCUGUAUCACGUCCAAGUACAACCAAUCCCGCUUCGAGUUCGUUUUCACCAGCCUCGUCAAGAACUCGCCCCGGCUUUUCACCACCGUGCAAGCCGUACUCAGGGCGUACGAGACGUCGACACUCUACCGCGAUUUGAAGCUUCGAGGGUCGAUCAUAAAGGGCAAGCAGCUCCUCACGCUCCCGCUGGAGCAGAUAUACAGCAAGAUCGAGGGUGUGUGGAACCUCUCCUCGGACCAGGGCAACCUCGGCUGCUUCUUCCUGACCAACGUUCGCCUCGUGUGGCACGCCAACCUCGCCCAGAACUUCAACGUCUCUAUUCCUUACAUGCAGAUGAAGACGAUCCGGGUUCGAGAAUCGAAGUUCGGCCCCGCUUUGGUAGUGGAGACUAGCGUCCACUCAGGGGGCUAUAUUUUAGGGUUCCGAUUGGAUCCGGCGGACCAGCUGGAACGGGUGCACCAGGAGCUGUCCUCGUUACACCAGGUGCACGCGGCCGAUCCUAUCUUGGGGGUCGACUUCGAAGAGGAGGACAGCCCUCCAGCGAUGGAGUCGCGAACGGUGGCCGUGACGGACGAUGACGUGGAGGUGCUCGAUACGGACGAAGCAGGGACAGACGCGUUCGCGGCUUAUUUCGCAGAGGCGAACAAGGCCUGCGAUAGAGAGGUUGUGUUCGACGCGGAGCUGGGUCUGGCGGUGGAGAGCCUGCCAGGAGGGGCCUCCACACAAAGCUUGUGGAAACUAGUCUAAUCUAGGUUACGUUGUUGUUCGCUGCUUGGUUGAUGACGAGAAACACAUGUCUUCUAUUGUAUCUACACGUCGUGAGUCUUGUUGGCGGAUUGGUCUGCGUGAACCUUCCCAAGUUGCUCAUGAUCUGGGGGGUGUUUCGGCUGAUUCUGUCUUGGCACCGUACCAAAUCCGGCCUACAGCAUAUGGCCGACAUAUAUUCCAUCAUCUCAGCGGCGUGCUUAGGGAAUAUUUCUUCCCCUUGUCUUGCUCCCCGCCGCGUUUCGUUUUAUAUGUACGAAUCUUCCCAUGAAACAACGUGACGUCAUCGUUGAACCAGGUGGUACACAACAACGAUGUUGUGGUCUUCGGGACUCCUCUGCUGACCCUACGAGUAGGCGACGCUCCUUAUUACAACCGGUACUAAAGAUGCUGCGUGGUGGUGUAGAUUUGGCGGACCAAACUACCGUAAUAUUCGCAAAUUGCUGCAGGUGCUCCUACGACAAAGUUGUAGGCGUAAGAUGAGCACGGCAAACAAACAUGGUGAUGGAAUCGCUCGACGUACAAGUCGAAUCAUCCCCUUAACCUUUUCUCGUCUAGGAACGAACGAACGAACGAACACACCAAGGCCUCGGGGGCGAAACGUUGGGUGUGCGCGUUUCGACGUUCAUUUGAUGAUGCAGUCAACAGAAGCAGUCCGAUCACAAGUAGACUGACUGAUGCAGGAUGGCUUCCUACUAUGCAUAGAGAGGGUUGCUGUGUUGAUGCGCCACUAAUGCGUCGGAGGGCCACGACCCUACUUCUAGUUGCGAGACCCAGACGUGAGCCACACCGUCCGGCAGUCAUGCACUGCCCUCGUGAACGAACGGAACACGUCUGUUGUUGUAUGCCACUCGGGUCAACUCAAGGACGUAAGUGUGCACGUGAUCCCAGUUCUCAAAGGUCAUUCUUGGCCCGCCCUUGAGCCGCAUGCCCAGAGACUACUCCGACUACCAAGAAGGCCAGGAGAACCAAAACACCCCAAAGAGCAAAUAAAUAGCAGUAGGAGCGAGGGUGACGGUGUUUGGCUCGCUCGUUCAAGAACCCCCUAUUGAUACCCCUGUUGAUAGCGCCGUCUGAGAUGGGGAUAUCGAUCGCAACCGAGGCAUCAACCAGACCAGCCUUCCGCUGCCGGAGUGUUUAUACAAUACAGCUUUCGAGAAAAUGUGCCUGAAAUUUCGCAAGACCGAACGUCAAACGUGGUAACCUAACGGCACUAGAUGAAUUUCUUAACCUUGGCUCCCCGGCGUCCUCCUGCUCCCCCUUUCCUCCUGCGCAAAAACCAUACAAGGUCCGGAUUGUCGGGUUUACCCUCUUGACCGCGCACCGCCUUUUCACUUGAUUGAGAACCGAGAAAACUUUGACGUGAAGGACCGAUCAGAAACAAAAAAGGCGGGACCAGAUUGAAUUCCACCACAGAAGACUC